AUGAGCGACGUUUCUGACCUGACGGACUUCGACGACGAGGAGGAUGUCCCGCUUUCCAGCCAAAAGACCAUGAAGUCGAAGGCGAAGGGCAAAAGCAACGCCCAGUCGGCCUACAGGAUUCGCGGGGCGCUGCGGGCCCCUCGGGCGACCACCUAUACCUGCCAGGCGUUGUAUGAUCAGAUCCAUGCGCAAGACAUAGACUUGCAGCCAGAAUAUCAGCGCGAUGUCGUAUGGCCAGAGAGCAAGCAAAUAGGUCUCAUAGAUUCUAUCUUCCGUAAUUUCUAUGUGCCACCAGUCAUAUUCGUCGUGAAUACCAUGGAUGACGGAGGAGAGCGCCGUGUGUGUGUGGACGGGAAACAGCGCUUGACUUCGAUCUAUAGGUUCAUUGCAGGCGAAAUACCUUUUAAAGAUGCAUUUUCGGGAGAGAAGUUCGUCUUCAAGGAUACCGGCAAGAUCAAAGCCCAAGUUUUACCGGACCACUACAAGAAAAUUUUCCUCAACAAGCAGAUCGUCUGUAUGGAAUAUACGGAUAUAACACCAGACAACGAACGAGAAAUUUUCCAGAGAGUGCAGCUGGGUAUGGCUCUGACGCCGGCAGAGAAACUUCAGGCCAUCACUGGACCUCAGGCAGACUUCAUUCGGUCCCUUCUCGACAAAUAUGUUUCGGAUGAGCUCGCCAAUAACCUUCCAUGGGACACUAGUCGCGCCAACGACUUCAGGGGGCUUUCAAUGGCUGUAUACACCAUGUCGAAGUGGCCUAAAGUGACGACCCUCCCUUCCCUGUCGGUGAUUGAGGCGUGGCUUCAAGAGCCCGAUGAGCUCGAUGACGAUUUCCGCGAGGACCUACAUAAUACUUAUCGCAUAUUCUGCGCCAUGGCCAAGGACCCAGUACUGAACAAGCCUUUCUGGCUCCCUGGAAUCAAGAAGGUGGCGCCGAUGGAGGUCAUCGCUAUCACAGUCCUCAUCCACGCGAACAAGCUCAAGAUGACUAUGGCGCAACUCUCCGAAGCCAUAGGCCUGAUGCGGAAGGAGAUCAGAAAAACGGAGAAGGAUAUCCGGCAGAAUACGCGGACAAUGAAACUCGUCCUGACUUUCUUGAAGGAGUUGAAGCCUAGCAGGCUGAAACCUGACCCCAAUUCGCCAAAAGCUGUCGAUUACCCUUCAGUAUCUUCGAAACCGAAGUCGAAGCGAAAGCGACCUGCUGCCUCUGAUGCUGAAGAUGGUGAGUAG